AUGGCUCAGUCCUACAAGAACGACCUCCUUGCUCCCUACCUCGCUCUCCCUCAGGGCGAAAAGGUUCAAGCAGAGUAUGUUUGGAUUGACGGCGACGGUGGACUUCGUUCCAAGACUACGACUGUGAGCAAGAAGGUCACCGAUAUUGGCCAGCUUCGCACAUGGGACUUUGACGGCUCUUCAACCAACCAAGCCCCAGGCCACGAUUCUGACGUUCUUCUUCGUCCUGUUGCCAUUUUCCCCGACCCCUUCCGUGGAGGCGACAACAUUCUCGUUCUCGCUGAAACAUACAACAAUGACGGCACCCCCAAUAGAACCAACUACCGCCACCAUGCCAAGAAGGUCAUGGAGCAAGCCAAAGACUUUGAGCCCUGGUUCGGUAUCGAGCAGGAGUACACUCUCUUCGACGCCGAUGGCCGCCCUUACGCUUGGCCAAAAGGCGGUUUCCCAGGCCCUCAGGGACCAUACUACUGUGGCGCAGGUACCGGCAAAGUUGUCGCUCGUGAUCUCAUCGAGGCCCACUACCGUGCUUGCCUCUAUGCCAACAUCAACAUUAGCGGUAUCAACGCUGAAGUUAUGCCUUCCCAGUGGGAAUAUCAAGUUGGACCCUGCGAAGGCAUUUCUAUGGGCGACCACCUUUGGAUGUCACGUUAUUUGCUUCUUCGCAUUGCCGAACAGUGGGGGAUCGUCGUUUCCUUCCACCCCAAGCCUUUGCAGGGCGACUGGAACGGUGCCGGCUGUCACACCAACUACUCGACCAAGGCGAUGCGUGAACCUGGAGGAAUCAAACACAUCGAAGGUGCCAUCGAGAAGCUUUCCAAGAAGCACAAUGAGCAUAUUGCUGUUUACGGCGAGGACAACGACCUCCGUCUGACUGGACGACAUGAAACUGGCCACAUCAGCGACUUUAGCUCCGGUGUAGCCAACCGUGGAGCCUCGAUUCGUAUCCCUCGUCACGUUGCCGCCCAAGGCUAUGGUUACAUGGAAGACCGCCGCCCUGCUUCUAACAUUGACCCAUACCGCGUCACUUCGAUCAUUGUCGAGACCACGCUCCUCCAGUAA